CGGCAGUUGGUUGAUAAGGAUGUUAUUAGUUAUGGGGCCUGAAGCGGGCCAUGAAAGAUAUGACUGGCCCGAUUGCUGUAGACUGGGUUGAUGUGGACUGACUUUUUUGCUCAACCAAAAUUUCAAGAUGUCUCCAGCAAACCCAAUCCAUGAUUUUUUGUUAACUUUUGAUCGGUUUCCUUGUUUUCGGAUUUUUCCCGGUUUGAAAUAUAUAUAUAUAUAUAUAACUAUAUAUACACACAUAUAUAUAUAUAUAUAUUUUCAUUUUUAUCUAUAUCCAUUUUCCAGUUUCCAGUUUCUCAUAUCUCGCUCCACACUUUUUCGCCUUGUUGUUUUCUUUAUACAGCGGGCCUAACUCUUAAUGUGUUGCUAAUUUUCUUCAUUGAUCUCUAUAACAUGGCUACUGUCCCAUAUACCAUCCUAAUCCUCGGUGGUGGCAUUGCAGGCGUUGCCUCCGCCCUCGCACUCUCUAAAGCCCUCACCCCGGUGCUCCCUAAUCUCAAAAUCGUCAUCUACGAGCUCCGAGAUGUCCCUUCGACUUCUGGUGGCGCCAUCAACCUCACCCCCGUCGCCCAUAGGCAUCUCGAUCAGCUAGGCGUGCUCGAUGAGCUGCGAGAUUUGGGUCCUAAGGGAGGCAUAGAGGUGGACGAGAUAGAGGUAUUCUCCUCUCACAGUGGUAAAAAACUGGGUGCGGUUGACUUUGCAGGCAAAGACGGCAAGGGUUAUGGUGGGUACAAGGGGCGCCGCUUAAUGCGCAUAUCUCUUCAUCUGGCUAUGUUAUCUGCUGUGGAGAAACGGAGUAAUGUGGAAAUGGUGUUCGGGAAAAAAGUUGUAGGCGGCAUCGAGACGGACAAACGCGUUACAAUUUAUUUCGAGGAUGGCUCUUUUGCGAAAGGCGACUUGGCUUUGGGAUGUGAUGGCGUGCAUUCAGCUACGAGGACAAACAUUGUUGAUCCCGAUAGGGUUUCGGAGUAUACGGGGAUUUCGUUUAUUCAGACUACGAUAAAGUCGGAAAUGAUAAGGUCGCCCAAACACUUUAAGGUUACGGCGUUGAACAGAUCAAGACACGGAGCGUUGAUGACGACAUAUUGUGAUAAUGAAAAGGAGGAUAUGUUCGUGGCAGCGUUGGCGGAAGUCGAGGAGGACCGUUUGACUUAUGAAAUAUGCAAGUAUCAGGCUGCAGAUUCGUGGAAAACAAAGAAUACCGCCAUCAUGAUAUUAAGAGAUGACAUUCAGAGUCGCUUUGGAAAGUCCGCCCUUCCGUGCGUUCGCGAGAUUGCGGAAAAAUGCUGGGAUUGGUUUCUAUAUCCAGUGUAUCAGAUACGUCCUGGUGGGAAAUGGCAUACGGAGAGGAUCAUGUUAUUAGGCGAUGCUGCUCAUGCUAUGCCCCCCAAGGAUGAGUCAGCCGCCUACGCCCUGGACGACGCCAUCCUCUUCGCCCGCGUCCUAUCUGAAUACAUCCAUGAGCCCUUAUCCAAAACCUUCAGCAUCUACGAAUCCCUCCGUCGCGAAACCGUCGAGAACGCAUACAAGGCCGCUUGCGAAAACUGGGCCCGUCACAGAGACAGCAGCCGUCUUGCCAGCUUGCGAGAGGAGUGGCUCACCCCGCUUAAUCUGAUGCGACAAAAGAAGAAAAACUCAAGCGUGUGGGUGUUUGAUGCUAUGAGUGUCGAUAUCCCGCCCUCGAGAGUAGGGUCACGGCAGUCAACAUUCUCGUCAAGCAGCUAAUUUGUGGCUAUUUGCUUUCUUUUCCGUGGCUGCGUGCAUUCUCUCUUUACAUCUGAAGAAAUAGAAUGUAUUUGUAUCAGCCAACCCUCCCCCCCUCCCCACCUGAGUAUAGAGUAUAUAUUGCAUCUUUGCAUUCUUGUUACGCAUCGGAUCGGCGCUUGGUUUGCUAUUCCACUUUAACCUGUACUAUAUAUAUCAAAUUUUCUUUUCUUUUCUUUUCUUUUCAUUUUUCAUUCUUUUUUUUUUAUCCCCGCCGAGUUUAAAAACGGAAUACGAACAUAGAAUUUGCAUCAAUAGAAAUAAAAUGAAUAGAAAUAAAACGAAUAGAAAUAAAACGAAUAGAAAUAAAAUGAAUACGUAUUAUAUGUAUGUGCCUUCCUC